AUGAAUCACGAAGGUCCGAUAAAGCAGGAUAGAUUGACGAAUCACUAUGGAUCCACGGAGCACGAAGGUUUCCCGAAAUUCAAUAGAUCCACAAAACGUGAUGGAUCCGUGAAGCACGAUGGACCCACAAAAAAGGGAUCCAGAAAGCACGAUAGAUCCACGAAUCACGAUGGAUCCGUGAAUCAGCAAACUUCCAUAGAGCGCGAUAUAUUCACUAGUCGCGAUGGGUCCAUGAAUCACGAAGGUUCCAUAAAGCACGAUAGAUUCACGAAUUACGAUGGAUCCAUGAAUCACGAAGGUUCUACAAAGCACGAUAGAUUCAUGAAUCACUAUGGAUCCACGGAGCAUGAAGGUUUCCCGAAAUUUAAUAGAUCCACUGAAUGUGAUGGAUCCGUGAAGCACGAUGGACUCACAAAAAAAGGGAUCCACAAAGCACGAUAG